GGCGGCGGAGGCGCUGCCAUGGAGUUAGCGCAGGAGGCGCGGGAACUGGCUCGCUGGGCUGCGGAAGAGAUGGAGGCGCCCGAGGCAGCCCGGGCCCCGGAGUCGACGCUGCGCAGGCUGUGUCUGGGCCAGGGAGCUGACAUCUGGGCCUAUGUCUUACGGCAUGUGCACAGCCAGAGGAAUGUCAAGAAGAUCCGCGGAAACCUACUCUGGUAUGGCCACCAAUCCAGUCCAGAGGCCUGUCGGAAGUUGGAGCUAGAAGCUGCUGUUGCCCACCUUCGGGCAGAGAUCCAGGAGUUAGACCAAAGCUUGGAGCUGAUGGAUCAAGAGACGGAGGCUCAGGAUAUGGCCAUGGAGCAGGCCCUGCAGAGCAUACAAGACACCCAGCGGCAUGCUCUCCUCCUCCAGGCCCAAGCUGGGGCCAUGCGAAGACAGCAGCGUGGACUCCAACGUCCCAUGCAGUGGCUACAGAAUCAGCUGAGGCACCAGCAGGACAUAGAGAGGAAGGCUAAAGUGGAUAUAACCUUUGGACCCUUGACAUCAGCAGCCCUGGGCCUGGAGCCUGUGGUCCUGAGUGAUGUCCGAACAGCCUGCACCCUCCGAACCCAGUUCCUGCAGAGCCUCCUGAUUCCUCAGACCAAAGGAGGCAGCAUCCUAACCCCUCAAGAUGACCACUUUGGAACGUCCUACCAGAAGUGGCUUAGUUCAGUGGAGACACUGCUGACAAACCACCCUCCCAGCCACCUCUUGGCUGCCUUGGAACACCUGGCUGCAGAACGGGAGGCAGAGAUUCGGUCCCUGUGCAGUCCGGACAGGCUCCAAGAUGCAGAGAUGGCCGGGUCCCAGGUACCAGACCAGUCAGACUCCAGCAAGGCCCUGCCGUCUGUGAUGCAUCUCAUCCAGGAGGGCUGGCAAGCUGUGAGUGUGCUGGUCACCCAGCGGGGCCCCCUCCUGAAGGAGCAUCACAUCCUGACCCAGCGCCUCCAAAGCCUGAUGGAGGAGGUGGAGAGAAGUACCCUGGGAUCCAGCAAGAGGCAGGCAUUGGUGCUGGGGCUCCGGGGCUAUGGCCUGUGGGCAGAGCUCAAGGCCCUGUGUGCCCAGAGCCAGGAGCUAGAGGAGGCGGCUGGACGGAGGCAGCUUCUGCUGCAAGAGCUACAGGCCAAACAGCAACGGAUCUUGCACUGGCGCCAGCUGGUGGGGGAGACACAGGAACAGGUCCGCCUGCUCAUCAAGAGCAACUCAGCCAGCAAGACGCGCCUGUGUCGGAGCCCUGGGGAGGUGCUGGCUCUGAUUCAGCGAAAAGUGGUCCCCAUGUCUGAGGCGGUGGCACCACAGAGCCAGGAGCUGCUUCGCUGUCUAGAGAAGGAGGCCCAGCAUCUGCCCCACCUUUUGCUGGGCACCCUGCUGCGGCGCAGCCCUGGAGGAUUGCAGCCCCUGCCCACAGUCCUGCCAUCCAUCCACCAGCUGCAUCCUGCGUCCUCAAGGGGCUCCAACCUCAUAGUGCUUAGCCACAUGCUGGGGCUGCCCACAGGGAAGGCGCCAGAGCUUCUCCUUCCAAAGGCUGCCUCUCUUCGCCAGGACCUUCUGUUCUUCCAGGACCAGUGGAGUCUUCGGUGCUGGGAUCUGCUCCACAUGAAGACCAGCCUACCACCAGGACCAUCCACCCAGGAGUUGCUGCGGAUCUGUGUAUCCCAGGAAAAGGAGCAGAAGGAGAAUGUGGGGCAGGCUCUGAAGCAGCUGGAGAACCUGCUGGAACAAGCCCUGGAACGAAUCCCCGAGCUGCAGGGGGUUGUGGGGGACUGGUGGGAUCAGCCAGGCCAAGCCGCCCUCUCAGGGGAGCUCUGCCAGGGCCUGUCCCUGCCCCAGUGGCGGUUGCGCUGGGUCCAGGCCCAAGGCACCCUGCAGCAGCUGUGCAGAUGAAGAGGGGACUCAAACAGGAAUCAAGAGCUUCACAUUUGUUCACCCUGGAACCUUCCCUCCCUCAAUAUGGAAGAAAGCAUCACCUGGGUGUGUCGCCCAUUGUCUACACACACCUGCCCUCCUCCUCACAGGCUGUCCUGCUGUUCCUCUCAAGCGCCUUAGCCCUGUCCUUCCAUCCCACCAAAGCCAAGAGAAUGGGGUGCUCUGGACCACAUCCCAGGUCCCCCUGAAACUCUCCUCAUCACUUCCACCCUUGGCAAGGAGUAAUUGAGCCCCUGCUCUAAACACUGAGGAUCCAGCACUAAACAAAAUGGACAAAAUUCCCUACUUUCAGGGAGUUGUCGUUCUAGGACAAGGAAACAGACCACUGACAAGUAAGCAAAAUAUCUAGUAUGUUGGAAGAUAACAGCUAUAGAGAAAAAAAUAAAGCAGGCUGUAGGAGGUGAGAUUUUAAAUAGAGGGCUACACAGCAAAGGUGACACUCGGUAAAUGUGAGAGGCAUGCAAAGGCCCUGAGCGCAAAUGUGCUAGUGUGACAGCCAAGGAGUCAGUGCAGCUUGGGGUGGAAUGGGGGAAGUUAAGAGAUGAGAUUGUCUUCUAGUUUUUAUAUAGUUUUUUUACAUUUAAGUCUCAGCCAUUUGGAAUUUAUGCAAAUGGAUCCAUUUUUGUCUUAUUUUACAUAUACCCCAAUAGCACUUACUAAAAUACUCAG